CAACGUGUGGGUCUUUUGCCGCGCGCUGAGCGGGAGUGGGGUAGCUGCCCAUUCAGCUGGUGGACUACAGCAAAAUUUAAACAGUCGCCCUCAUAGGCCAUGAGAAUGGCGGACGACGCUCAGUUUCAACAAAUUCUGGGAGGUCUGCUCAGUGAAGAAAAUGAAAUUAGGACGCAAGCUGAGAGUACAUACGAGCAGAUCGCGCUGCCACAGAAGAUCUCGCUGCUGCUUGCCUGUCUUCUGAAUGCUUCAGCUGGAGAAAAGUACCGCGACAUGUCGGCCGUCUUGCUGCGGCGGCUGCUUUGCGCCAAGUGGGAGGAGUUCUACCCAAAUCUGCCGGCGGAGGCGCAGACUCAGUUGAAGGAGCGCCUGCUUGCGGCCGUGCCCAACGAACAGUCGGAGGCCAUCCGCAAGAAGAUGUGCGAGGUGGCUGCCGAGGUGGCGCGCAACCUGUUCGACGACGACGGCAACAGCUUGUGGCCCGAGUUCCUCAGCUUCUUGUUCGAGUGCGCCAGCUCGCAGAGCGCUCAGCAGCGCGAGUGUGCCCUACUGCUGUUCAGUUAUGUCCCCGGUGUGUUUGGAAACCAGCAGAAACGCUAUUUAGAAGUAAUAAAGAACAUGCUGCAGCAGAGCCUGAGUGACGCCAGCAGUUAUAAGUGUCGCUUCUUGGCGUACAAGGCGACAGCCCAGUUCAUCGUGGAUAACGCCGAGCUAUCGUCCGACAAGCCGGAGGUCAAGGAGAGCUACAAGGAGAUCCAGCGGACGUUUGCUGACCUGCUGCCGCCCAUGAUUCAGGUGCUGCAGGAGAGUAUAGCCAAGGGCGAUGACAGCGUGCUGCUGCAGACCACCAUCACGCUGGCGGAGGUGGCGCCUAAGCUGCUUCGGCCUCAGCUGGACACCAUCAUGCAGCUGUGCAUCAAGUUGAUGAGCGACCCCAAUCAGGAGGACGACUGGCGCCAACUGGGCAUGGAGAUCAUCGUCACGCUGGCCGAGGAGGCGUCCGCCAUGUUCCGCAAACACUGCGCCGGCUACCUGCCGGUGUUGGUACCCGAGAUGCUGAAGAUGAUGUCUGAGAUUGACGACAGCGUGGACUGGGCCACCACUGACGACGGCAGUGACGAGGACUCGGAGAGUAACUACAUCGUGGCCGAGUCGGACUUGGACCGGUUGGCGUUCGGUCUGGGUGGCAAAGUGAUGACCAACCUGAUCCUCAGCAACGUGCAGCACCUGCUGGUGUCGGCCGAGUGGAAGCACAGGCACGCGGCUCUCUCCGCCGUCUCCACCAUCGGUGAGGGCUGCAAGAAGCAGAUGGAGCCUGUGCUGCCGCAGAUCCUCUCCGGAGUCGUCAAUUUCCUCAAGGACCCGCACCCGCGGGUGCGGCACGCCGCCUGCACAUGCAUCGGCCAGAUGUCGGAGGACUUCGCGCCGUCGCUGCAGCGCAAGUUCCACGCUCAGGUGGUGCCCGGCCUGCUUUGUGCGCUCGAGGACUCGACGACGCCGCGUGUCCAGGCGCAGGCCGCCUUGGCUUUGAUCAACUUCAGUGGGCAGUGUCCGAAGAGCAUUCUCACAAACUACCUAGAUGCCAUAUUCGUCAUUCUUGAACAAAUUCUCCAGAAUAAACUCAAAGAGCUGGUGGAGAAGGGCACCAAAAUGGUUCUGGAGAAUGUUAUCACGGCCAUCGCCUCGGUGGCAGGCACGGCCGAAGAAAAGUUCCUUGUUUACUACAACAGGUUUAUGCCGUGUCUGAAGUACAUCAUCGAAAACGCCACGACCCAGGAGCUGCGCCUACUGCGGGGCAAGGCGAUCGAGUGUGUCAGCCUCAUCGGCCUGGCCGUCGGCAAGGAGAAGUUCCUGCCGGACGCGGCCAGCGUGAUGGACCUACUACUGAAGGCGCAGACGGGCGGCGAGGAGUUCGCCAGCGACGACCCGCAGGUGCCCUACCUGGUCUCCGCCUGGGCGCGCAUGUGCACCAUAAUGGGUAAACAGUUUGCCGUGUACCUGCCGCUUGUGAUGGGGCCAGUCAUGCAGAUGGCGUCGGCCAAGCCCGAGUGGACGCUGCUCUCGGACGAGGAGCGCGAGGUGCUCAACGGCGACCAGGAGUGGGAGCUGCACAACUUCGGCGAGAACCAGAACUUCGCCGUGCGCACCUCAGUGCUGGAGGACAAGAGUACGGCGUGCGCCAUGCUGGUGUGCUACGCGCGCGAGCUGGACGGCGAGUUCGCCGAGUACACGCAGCAGGUGGCCGAGCUGAUGACGCGGCUGCUCAAGUUCUACUUCCACGAGGGCGUGCGGGUGUCGGCCGCCGAAAUCAUGCCGCACCUGCUGCAGAGCGGUGCCGCCAAAGGUGCCGAGUACGUGCAGUCGAUGUGGUCCUUCAUCGUGCCGGAGCUGCUGCAGGCGCUCAAGUUCGAGCCCACAAUCACAGUCAUUCCCGAACACAUGCAGUCGCUGGCCAAGUGUAUAGAGACGCUGAACUGCCCGUGCCUGAGCGAGGAGCAGAUGACUGAGCUAUUCAAAAUAUUCAGCGAUCAGUUCGAGAAGCACUUUGAGAAGUCCAAAGAGCGCGACGAGAAGCGGCGAGACGAGGACUAUGACGAGGAGGUGGAAGAGGAACUGAUCGACGAGGAUGACGAGUACACGUUCAUCAUCUCGAAGAUCGCGGACGUGCUGCACUCGCUGUUCACCGUGUACCACGACCGGCUGUUCCCGCUGUUCGACACGAUCGUGCCGCACCUGGUCAGGCUACUGGGUCCGGAGCGAGCGUGGACGGAAAAACAGUGGUCGCUUUGCAUAUGGGACGACGUGAUCGAAUUCUGCAGUCCAGCCUCCAUCAAGUACUCACAGUAUUUCCUGCAGCCCAUGAUCCAGUAUGUCACGAACAGCCAACCGGAGGUGUGCCAGGCGGCGGCGUAUGGCUGCGGCGCACUGGGCCAGUUCGGCGGACCUGAGUACAGCAAGGUGUGCGCCGAGGCUCUGCCGCGUCUGGUCGAGGCCGUGCAGCGGCCAGACAGCCGCAGCGACGAGUGGAUCAGCCCCACCGAGAACGCCAUCUCGGCCGUCACCAAGAUUCUGCAGUACAACGCCUCGGACAUCAACGUGGCUGACGUGGUGCCCGUCUGGUUUAGCUGGCUGCCAGUGUGGCAGGACUCGGAUGAGGUGCCUUACGUCUACAACUACCUGUGCGACCUGGUGGAGGCCAACCAACCGGCCGUGCUCGGGCCCAACAACAUGAACCUGCCGCGCAUCAUUGCCGUCAUCGCCGAAGCGUUCGCGCGGGGUGCUGUCGGCGCCGGCGACGCCACGGGUGUGCGGCUGCUCAACCUGGUCAAGCAGAUCCAGUCCAACACGGAGCUGUUCCAAGCGUGUCUGGCGCAGCUCAGCGAACAGCAGCGCGAGGCGCUGCACGAGGCGCUCGUCUCGCCGCCGGCGUCGCAGCAGUGACGGCGCCGUGUUGGAGGCCCGACGGCGGCGAGGCCUCGCCGGGGAGGCCCUGGUGAGGCCUCACCCCUGCGGGACGGCGCCGGCGGAAGCGCCCGCGCCGACAGGAGCCGGGCGGGUCGGGUCGGGCGGCGCCCGUACCGGCCGGGACGUUUGAUUUCCCAGUGAUAUGAGGUGGGCCGACGCGUGGCCGUCGACACGCCGCACGAGUCCUGGUCACGCACCGUGUAUUUCGCCGUUUUAUGUACAUACAUUGGCCUUACGGCUAAUACACUUGACUCUAAUCUA